AUGAUCGCACAACAGAGAUUGCUCACAAAGGUCGUGGACCUCGCUGCCCAGGAAGAGCCUAAUAGAUUGUUUGCUGUUAUUCCCAAAGGCCUAGAAGUCGCAGAUGGCGUCCAAAAUCUAACAAUGAGGGGUCUGGCCCAAGCUGUGAACUUUCUAUGUCAGUGGAUUGACAACAACAUCGGAUCUUCUGGUCCUCGAGAGGUAUUGGCAUACAUGGGCAGCAAUGAUGUGCGAUACUGCAUUUUUCUUCUCGCCUGUCAGAAGACUGGGCACCAGGCCUUUUUGCCUUCAACAAGGAACUCCGAUGAGGCUUACAUCCACCUCUUGAAAGCCACAAACUGUACAAAGUUCUUCUUCAAUGAAGAUAGAAGUACACGAGUUAUGGAAAUCAAGAACCUUUACCCGGAUCUGAAGAUUUUUCAAGUUCCCGCAACAAGCACCAUUCUGACUGAGUCAAGUGGGUUGAAGUCAUACCCUUAUAACAAGACCUUUGAUGAGGUGGAAACAGACAACUGUUGUAUUAUUCACAGCUCAGGAACAACUGGUAUGCCAAAACCAGUACCUCUUACAAAUGGAUUCUGGGGUGCAAUAGAUAACAUUCCAAACCUGUACUGGCCAGAAGGUCGUACUCCAUCUCCAUUUUUCAACAUGACUCAAGAGGAUCUCGUUCUGGCAACCGUCCCCUUCUUCCAUAUGAUGGGACUCCUCUCUAUUGGAUUCGCCAUCUUCCACAGUGUUCCUAUGUUGGUCGGACCCGACAAGCCACUAUCAGUCGAACAUCUCACUCAACUCAUGAGCAUCGCUCGUCCCACCUCCGCUAUUUACCCACCAUCAAUUUUGGAAGAUUUCAGUCACUCUGAAGAGGCGUUGGAGUGCCUCAAGGGCUUGAAGUCUGUAUAUUAUGGCGGUGCACCACUGGGCCCGGAAACUGGUGCCAAGUUGCGCGAGUGCACUGAUGUGAUUCCCAUCAUCGGUAGUAGUGAGAUCGGUUGGAUCCCUACUCUGAUUCCCGAAGAGGGAGAUGACUGGAGCUACUUUGAAUGGAACCCCAGUUUUGGCGUUGAUAUGCAAAAGGUGGAUGAAGGUCUCUAUGAGAUGGCGCUUGUUCGUCAGAAGGCCGGUCGUGCCUAUCAGGGAAUCUUCCAUACCUUCCCUGAACUCGAUACCUACAGAACCAAGGAUAUCUUCACUCACCACCCCACAAAGCCUUAUUUGUGGAAAUUCAACGGCCGUAUCGACGAUGUCAUUGUUCUGAGUAACGGAGAAAAAUUCAACCCAACCACUAUGGAGAACAUGAUCGAGGGACACCCCUUGGUAGCUAAAGCUAUCGUGGCUGGUCAGUCCAGGUUCCAGGCUUGUCUGCUGGUGGAACCAAAUGAAGGAAUUCCUGAGAUGGACUGGAGGGUUUUCAUUGACGAAAUCUGGCCUACAGUUCAACAGGCAAACCACACGAUCGCUGCUCAUGGUCGCAUUAUGAAGAACCGGAUUGGACUUGCUCCGAAGGGGAAGACCUUCCAGCGAACCCCGAAGGGUAGUGUGCAGCGUCGAGCCGUGCUCCGGGAUUUCGUCGAUGAGAUCAAUGCUAUCUACCAAGCUGGGCUGGAAGAUGACCUUGAGGACUGUUUGCCAGAGAAUCUUGACCGGGCUAGUGUUUUGAAGUACACUCAUCAGAUCAUUUCUCGAACUCUGGAGCGAUCCGAUGUGCCCAUCGACCAAGAUCUUUACAAGGCUGGGUUCGAUUCUCUGAUGACGAUUCAGGUUGCCAAGAUAUUGCAACGAGGAAUUCAGGCUCGUCAACCAAAGCUGAUGCCUGGAACUAUCAGUGCGCAAGUCAUCUACGCCAACCCCACUGUGAAGCUUCUGGCUGGCGUUGUUUCUGAUGUGAUCGAGGGCAAGAUCAAGGAGUCCAUCCCUCGUGAGGGAAGGAUCCAGAAUCUUGUGAACAAGUACACCUCUGAUCUUCCGAAAAACCGACCAACCAAGUGGGAGCAAUCUGCCUCGCCAUCAACAGUAAUCUUGACUGGAUCAACCGGAUCUUUGGGAACAUACCUUUUGGAUAACUUGCUCAACACCCCUUCAAUUUCCAAGGUCUACUGUUUCAACCGUUCCAAUGCUGAACAAAGACAAAAGAACAGCUUCGCGGAGAAGGGUCUAGCCUUGGAAGCUGACUGGAACUCUAAGGUUGAGUUCCUACAAGUUUCUUUCGGUGAGGUCCGAUUCGGGCUAAGCGAAGAAAAGUAUGUUGAGCUCCUGGCAUCAGUUGAUACUAUCAUUCACAACGCCUGGAUGGUCGACUUCAACCACACAGUGGAGUCAUUUGAGGAGGUCCACAUUCAAGGCGUGCGUCGAUCCGUUGACUUUAGUCUGGAGAGCAAGUACAAUGCCCACAUCCACUUUGUCUCUUCUAUUAGCACAGUCGGGGCAUGGAAGCCUGAGAUGGGUUCCCGGGUACCGGAGAUCCCGAUGGAGAAUGCUUCCGUUGUUCUUGAACAAGGAUACGGCGAAUCCAAGCAUGUUGCAGAAAGAAUCUGCUUGGAAGCCUCUCGUCGCUCGAAGGUCCCUACAUCUGUUUACCGAGUUGGUCAGAUUGGAGGACCGACAACAAAAAAGGGAGAGUGGAACCGACACGAAUGGCUGCCAACAAUCAUCCAGACUUCAAAGAAUAUUGGAAAGAUUCCGACAAGUCUGGGCUCUAUGCCUGUUGACUGGAUUCCAGUGGAUACCCUCUCUUCAAUCGUGACCGAGAUAGUCCAAGCAAGACACGGCGAUCGAUCCGAACUUCCUCACGCCGUUUUCCACCUUACGAAUCCAGAGAUAGCAUCCUGGUCCUCCCUUGUUCCAGCCAUUCAGCAGAGAUACGACGUUGAGCCUGUAGAUUUCAGUGCCUGGGUUGCUGAGCUCACAAGCAUUCAGAACCCGACAAGUGUGGAUCUUGUGGAGAAGCCUGCACUCAAGUUACUUGGCUUCUACCGUGGACUUGGUGAUGAAAACAAUGCUGCAAUGUCCGUGGCGUUGGAUGUGACUCGAUCAAGGGAAGCAAGCGGGAGUAUGAAAUCCCUUGAGCCAAUUUCUGCACAGUUGAUGUCCAACUGGCUUGAUCAGUGGCAGUUUUGA